CGCGAAAAGAGCAAAACAAAUUCCACGUGGGCAACUUUAAUGAAAGAAAGGAGUUUAAGUAAAUUUUUGAUUACUCCUGAAAGAGGACUUGUUUUCGAGGAGGUUAUUAGUCGGUUGUGCAACUGAAUACAAUCACUAUUAUGACUGACCUUACAGUUUAAUACGGAUUUGCGCAACUUCCGGAGACUGGGUGAAAAUGUUGAGUUUUGCUGUAGCUGAUUUAUUUUUUGGUGCCUAUGAAUUUAGUGACGUUCGUGGGAUACACUGCAUAUGUUCUAGAGUGUUUCUUAAAGAUUAUGAGUGUUUUAUGAAAGGACUGCAGUUUGAAGAUGAUGAAAGUAGCAGUGAUGGGGACAACUUAGGUGGAGAAGAGAGUGAAAAUGAAGAUGGAGAAUAUGCCCUAAAUGAAGACUUUGCACAUGAUGAGGAGGAAGAAAAGGUAGUAGUAGAAGAUGAUCUUGACUCUGAAGCAGAGCUUAUGAGGAGUAUGGGGUUACCUCUUCAGUUUGGUAGUCUUCAGGUAUCGGGCAAGUAUGGAAAGCAGAGUACGACGAAGCAGAAUUUUCACAACAGAUGCAGUGAAUAUGAUUCUGAAGAAACAUGUGACAGAUGGCAUGAGGAGUGCAGCUCCAUCCCACCUGCUGAUAACAGAAUGGAUAGUAAUUACACAGAAAGUGGGAAUCCACUUCUAGUCAGUGGACUAGAUGGUAGUUCAAGCCAUUCCUGCUUGGACAUGUACACUUUGGAUACUAACCAGAUUGAACAUGAGAGUUGUCUUAUGGAUGGCAAGCCAUGUGUUAAUUCAUGCAGCUUCCCAUCAGAGAGCUGUGAAAUGGACAGUAAACAGACUGAAAGUGAAAGUCCUCGUUCUUUAACUGACCCCAUUGUUUUUUCCCAGCAGAUCCCCUCCAGCAUUACUGAGAUAUAUGUCAAUCUGAGCAAAGGCAAGGACUCUUCUUUGGACACUGUCCCAAAUGUUAAGUCAUGUGAUAUAGAUUGUAACCAGAUUGAAAAUGGCUGCCAGCUUGUAGAUGCUCUCCAUAAUGAUAGUUUGGUUGAUAUUCCGUGUGAAACUUGCAGAGUGGAUAGUAAGGAGACUGAAACGGUGACUGUGCAUCAGGACCUUGAGCCUUCAGUGGAUUUAAAUGAAGAUGCAUCUCCUAAUGAACUCCAGCACAAAGAAGAUUGGGAGAGGUAUUGGGGACAGUAUGGAGAAGGGUUGUUGUGGCAAAGUUGGUUGGAUAAACACACAGAAUGGUCAGAAUACAAUUGGUCCAAAGACUCAUGUUCACCACCACCUUGGGAUUGUCCAGACACCAGAUCAGAGUGGGAAAGGCAUAGUAGUGAACUCUAUUGGUACUACUGGAAACAGUUCAAAUAUUGGUCAGCACAGGGCUGGUUUGUGGACUAUUCGUCUGAAAAGGGUAUGGGUGUAGAUGCACACUGUGUAGAAUUGGAUGUAAUACUCAAACUAGACAAUGUAAGUAGGGAAGCUGUAUUUAAUCAAACAAUGGAAUCCAUGCAUUCUGCAGAAGAUUUGUCUGACUCUGUCGGUAAGAAAAAUGCAACCUUGUGUACAAGUGUUCCUAAUGGGGUGCCUAAUAAGAUUAGUAACCCACAUCUUUCUGCAGAAGAUCUGGAGCAGAACAGAGUGGAAGUCGACUUGAAUUGCAACAAAGCUCAACAAAUCAGCCCCACUGUCAAUGCCCCUUGUUGUUGUCCUUCUGCGUCUGAUGUAAAUGAACCAUGUGAUGGAAGAAACAAGAAGAGCGAUUCAACAGCUGAUCACAACAGUACUGCACAGUCAGUUUCUCAUCACCUGCCGCAGACAGUUUCAUGUCCUGUCAGAGAAGGAGGUUGUCGUCAUCUAUCUGAUAACGAAGAGGACGGAAAUGAUGAUCCACCUGAUUCCAAACCAGCAAAGAUCAAGAAAAGUCAUGAACUGGAUAUAGAAGAAAAUCCACUUGCCUCCCUUACUGACGCAUGCUUGGCACUGAGAUUCAGACAUGGUGAAAAAUCAAACAUUAGUCAUGGAUAUGCACGUUUCCGUGAGAAGGGCAUCAAGCUGAAGUCCAGAUUCCAGAGCAAGCAAAUAGCUGCUAGAACCCAAAACAAGCACUUGUUUUUUAAUGAAGAGGGGGAGGUUGUUUUAUCCACUAACCCAGCAGUAAAUAAGGCGCAGCAGUUUCUCAAACAAGCGCAUCAGGCUUUGGUAGCAGAAGAUCUCCAGGAAAGCCCUUCCAUUUUAACAUCAAAUUGUGGAUCUGGAGACAGUAGCGAUUCUGAAGAGCCUGACAGCUGUAAUUUAGAGGGAAGAGACUCUAUGCAUCAGGACAGUGGAGAAGAGGUGGCGGAGAAAAAUGAACUUCCUGUUGGCCCUUCUGAUCAAGUUGAAACACAAAAUGCUGAGCAACGUCCUGAAGCAAAUGAUAGUUUACAAGCAAGUGUGCUUCCUUCUUGUGACAAAGAGGUUACUGAAUGCCAUACUGCCCGACAAGUAGUCCCUAUGGAUAUCCCAGACUACCUGAAAUCUGAUGCCGUGACAUCGUCUGAGAGGAAAUCUAAGAAGAAAACUGGAAGAAAAAAGCAACAGAAGAAGAAAAGAAAUUAUUUAAUGCCUCCUGAUAUUGCUGCUGUCCCUGAGCUGGCAAAAUAUUGGGCACAGCGCUACAGCCUGUUCUCUCGAUUCGAUGAAGGCAUCAAACUCGAUACUGAGGGUUGGUUUUCUGUGACACCAGAAAAAAUUGCAAAGCACAUUGCUCUGCGCGUCAGGAGGUGUGCAGGAUGCGACAUUGUAGUGGAUGCAUUUUGUGGAGUUGGAGGAAAUGCAAUUCAGUUUGCACUAAUGGGAAAAAGAGUUAUCGCUGUUGAUAUCGAUCCUGUAAAGAUUGACCUUGCUCGUAACAAUGCGGAGGUGUAUGGUGUGUCGGAUCAGAUUGAAUUUGUCUGUGGAGACUUCAUGCUGUUGGCAGGUGACCUAAAGGCUGACGCAGUGUUCCUAAGCCCUCCUUGGGGAGGGCCUGAUUAUCUUCAAGCCAAAGUCUUUGAUAUAAAAACAAUGAUGGUCCCAGAUGGAUGUGAAAUUUUUCUUCUUGCCCAAAAGAUCACCAACAAUAUAAUAUAUUUCUUGCCUCGUACUUCAGAUUUGGACCAGAUAGCCUCUUUAGCUGGACCUGGAGGACAAGUGGAAGUUGAACAAAAUUUUCUCAACAAAAAACUGAAGAUGAUAACUGCUUACUUUGGUGACUUAAUUCAAAGGGAAUGAGUUUUGUGUCCUGUAGUACAUGCAGUUGUCUCAAAUACAUAUAUUAGACAAGUUAUGUUUGUUACAGUUUGAUUCUGAAAAGCAAGUAUCUGCAGCACUCGUUAAUGUUUGUAAAGAUAUGUGUUAAUAUACAUUUUUGUUUAUACCAUUGUUAAACUCGGAACACUUUUAAACAAAGUACAUGUUUGUGUAUAUACUAGUUUGCGAAACAAAUUUAAAAUAUCUGCAGAGAACAAGUUUGUUACAGGUUAUGUUGGUAUUAAAUUAUUUUUUACACACAA